UCAAAACAGUCGGGCCCAACAUCUCAUGUAUAUAUACACAUAUCGUCUUGCAUACUUUAGCAUUCAAAAACCAAAACCCAUCAAACAUAAAACAUAAACACCCCCUCAGGCUUUCGUUAUUCCAACCUUAUUUACACUUCCGUCUCUUUAUAUCCUUAAGCUACCUACUUAUGUGUAAUUCAAAGCCUUCUUCGCCAUCCUCAUUUUCUUCUCACAAUAAAACCCAUUUUGUAAAUCCCAACGAAAACAUGGAUCCUCACACAACUACUCAUCAUCAAGAAGAAGAUCAACUAAAUAGAUGGCCAACUCCUUCUGAGGCCUUUGAAGAAAUCAAAGCCAUAGGGAAGAUCUCUGGCCCAACAACUAUCACCGGUCUACUUAUGUAUUCCAGAGCCAUGAUCUCCAUGCUCUUUCUGGGGUAUCUUGGUGAGCUUGAGCUUGCUGGUGGCUCUCUUUCCAUCGGUUUUGCUAACAUCACUGGCUACUCUGUAAUCUCUGGCUUGGCUAUGGGAAUGGAACCCAUUUGUGGACAAGCUUUUGGCGCCAAACAGUGGAAGCUUCUUGGCUUAACUCUACAAAGAACUGUUCUUCUCCUUCUCUCCACUUCUAUUCCAAUCUCCUUCAUGUGGCUUAACAUGAAAAGAAUCCUUUUGUGGUGUGGCCAAGACCAAGAAAUAUCUUCCGUGGCUCAUACUUUUAUUCUUUUUUCAAUUCCUGACCUCUUUUUCCUUUCAUUGCUUCACCCACUUCGUAUCUAUCUUAGAACUCAAAGCAUUACAUUACCAUUAACUUACUGUUCUGCUAUCUCUGUACUCCUCCAUGUCCCACUCAAUUUCCUUCUUGUUGUUCACUUCAAGAUGGGCAUUGCAGGGGUGGCCAUAGCUAUGGUUUGGACUAAUUUCAAUCUCUUCCUCCUGUUAUCUUCAUUUGUAUAUUUCUCUGGUAUUCAUAAAGAUUCAUGGGUUUCUCUGAGCAUGGAUUGCCUUAGGGGAUGGUCUUCUUUGCUUUCCCUGGCCGUGCCAACUUGUAUAUCAGUUUGUCUUGAGUGGUGGUGGUACGAGUUUAUGAUAAUGCUUUGUGGACUUCUUGCUAACCCAAAAGCUACCAUUGCUUCUAUGGGAAUCCUUAUCCAAACUACCUCUCUUGUUUAUGUCUUCCCUUCAUCUCUAAGUCUUGGAGUUUCUACCAGAGUUGGAAAUGAACUAGGUGCUAACCGGCCCGCAAAAGCCCGCAUUUCAAUGAUUGUUUCUCUCUUUUGCGCGGUAGCAUUAGGCCUCAUGGCCAUGCUGUUCACAACAUUAAUGAGGCACCAAUGGGGAAGGUUUUUCACCAACGAUGCUGAAAUUCUGGAACUCACUGCAAUAGCAUUGCCAAUUGCGGGGCUUUGUGAGCUUGGAAAUUGCCCACAGACAACUGGUUGCGGUGUGUUGAGAGGAAGUGCGAGACCAGCAAUAGGAGCAAACAUCAAUUUGGGUUCAUUUUACUUAGUGGGUAUGCCAAUAGCUAUGUUCAUGGGGUUUGUGGCCAAAAUGGGGUUUUCCGGGCUCUGGCUUGGCUUGCUUGCAGCUCAAGCUUCAUGUGCGUUGCUCAUGCUAUAUGUUCUAUGCAGAACAGAUUGGAAGGAUCAAGUUGAUAGAGCAAGAAAACUUACACAAUCUAAGACAACAACAACAACAAUUAGUAGCUCAAUAUUGCUAGUUUCAUCACCAAAACCAGAAGACUCUCUCGUCAACAAGAAGGAUAAUCUUGAAGAGAUAUUGUGCAUUAAAGAUGAGCUAGUGAAGUCAGCGUCACUUGAAACAGACCCACUUAUAUCUGCUAAACAAACUACCAAUGUGCAUUGAUUAGAGUUUAACUUCCCCCAUUUUUGCUCCUUCUUCUUGAGGAGCUGAUGUGAAAAAUUAUUCAUUAGUAGAGAGAGAGCUUUCUUCUCUCAUUCUCACUUGUAUUAUUGAAAAGUAUUUUUAUUUUUACAUUAUUUUCUAUGUUGUAUUAAUGAGCAGUUUGUAGAA